UCAGCGGUCAAGAGCAAACCGGUCGAGCCAAGUCCACUAAUUCAAGCCUUCCCUGACCUCAACAGUCUAGUUUUCUGUAUCUGCAGGUCCUACCCGAGCGUCUGAUUAGCUUCCACCGAUCGACAACUGACUGAGCACUGAAAUUCAUCGUCAGGAGAUCAUCACACUGCAAAAAAAAAAAAAAAAAUCCCAAGCAUGAGCGAACGUACCAAACUCGUGGUACGCCAUCUACCACCCAGCUUACCCGAGGAAGUCUUCUGGAAAACUCUUUCGCGUUGGCUGGAACCCAUCCCUCGGGAGGAUGGCACCCUCGACCCACCCAGAUGUACUGCGACCUUCAAAUCAUACGUACCAGGCAAGACCAGGCGAAACAAAACAAAAGUCGAGAUCCCUUCAAGAGCUUACAUUCAAUUCGCAACUCCCGACCAAGUCGUCGAAUUCCACCAGGGGUACGCCAGCCAGGCUUUCCGGGAUAGUCACGGAAAUGUGACAUUCCCCAAGGUAGAAUUUGCUCCUUACCAAAAGGUCGCUGGCCCACCCAAGAAGAUUGACAGUCGGAUUGGGACCAUAGAUACAGAUCAUGAUUAUCAAGCAUUCCUCGCCAGGCUUAAUGCACCAGUCCCUGAACCUAACACUAACCCUGACAAGCCAGAUGAGGCGCCAGAAAAAGUCGAGCGACCCGAAAUAACACCGUUGAUCGAGCAUCUUCGUAAUGCCCGCCAGGCUGCCCAAGAGGCCGCGCUGACUGCUAAACAACAAAGGCAAGCAGCCACCUCUGCCAAAUCUACAUCUGGCCGCUCAUUUGCUGGCCCACCUCAAAUCAUGAAAAGGGUGGCAACAAACAACGAGAGCAACCAGCCAACCGGCGUCUCAUCACGCAAAUCUGGUGAUCCUGCAUCCCACGAUCCACCUCCUCACAAAAUCGAUUCGGCACCAUCGACUUCAAAAGGAGUCAAGCAAACGGGGAAGUCUUCGUCAACAGCGGCUGCCUCAACUGGCCAAACUACCUCUGCCGGUUCGAAUACCAAAUCCCGUCCAAAUAAGCCACCCAAGUCUAAACGGGCUGGGCGCGGAGCCGAUGAUCAAUCCUCUCAUCCGCCGGCAACCGAUUCUCAGGGUAAAAGCUCAGCAUCCACUCAGCAACCGAAGAUGAUUCUUCAACCUCCCAAGCCAAGCGAUUCGAACUCAGAGAAACAGACCUCAACUACUCCCAAAAACCCAACACAAAGCCCGGCCAAGAGUGGGAAGAAGCAAGGAUCUUCUUUAGCUGAGCAAGGACAGGGAAGUCAGAAUGGGCCCACAAAACCUCCCAACUCGACUCGUGAAGGCCCUGGCGGAUCCAAAAAGUCCGGACGAGGAGGAGGUGCAGCCGGCCGAGGAGGCAAAGGGGGAAAGACAACCACCGGACCGGGGAACCCGACUUCCCAAGCCACCCAACCAUCAUCGUCCUCCUCAUCAGCUCCUGUUGCGACUGCUGCAACUCAGAAACCCAAGAAUCACGAGCCUGCUAAGACCGAGCCGAAUAGUAGUGAGACUGCCGCUGCCCGGAGGAGAUUGGGAAACGCCUUGGCUGGGAUCACUUCUAAACCAGACCACCCUUCUACUAGGAAGAAACAAAACUCGAAAACCGCUCCUCCUUCCUCCUCCAAUCCACCACCUGCAGACUGAUUUUCUUCUUGAAAUGGUUGGAAGUUUAUUGGUUGGUUCUUUUGUAAACACAGUUUUUUUCUUUUGUUCUCGUCUUCUUCUUAUAUUUUGUAAUCAACAAAUGAUCAGCUUGUUUUUUUUUAAAAAAAAAAUCUCUGGGGUCUAAUCAUGCAAAUCCUGC